AGCUGGCUUUUCGUUCAGAGGCAAGAGGAGGCCAUAACCAGCAUGAGAUUUUCUACUUUCAUUUUUGGACUUUUCGUAAUCGUAUCCUUAAAAUGCCUACAGACAGAUGCUCAUUUCGACCAGUGCCCGGUUAGGAAGGUCAUUACGUACAAUGCAGCUCUUCUUGACCAUCCGCUCUCAAGUGGACUUCCUAACAACAGAUUACUGCGCCGGGAAGCCAUAAUAAAUGAACUUAGACGCUUGGAUGCUGAUGUCGUCUGCUUGCAGGAAGUUUGGAUCGGACAGGAUGUUGAAAGAAUCGUAACGGAACUUUCAGACCAGUAUACCUUUUCACAUAGCAAGCUUCAUGUACCUGGAAAACUCAGUGGAAAUCUACCUUGUCAAGAUGGCCCUUCCAUGCCACCGUGUAAUUACCACGCUAUCAACCAGUUUACAAAUUGUGUAAGGAAGAAUAAGUGUUUGAGAAGACGGUUAAGUCAGGCCCAAACAUAUACGUGUAUCAAUUUCAACUGUUAUCAUCUGUAUGAAACGUUGUCGCAGGAUUGUGUUGGAUGCAUGACAGCCAGCUGGCAAGACAUUUCAACCGUGUUCCAAAAAUGUGUUGGUACUGGGCUGCCUGCCAUCAACAUGCGAACAGUAAACGCUCCGGGGCUAUUAUUGCUGUCAAAGCGACCACUCCACAACGCGAAAUAUACGGACUUCCAUCCAUUCACGAAGGAGUUUAUAGAAAGGGGAUAUAUUGAAGCUGACACACAAGAUCUUGGAAAAGUAGUCUGCACACAUACGACUCAUAGUUUUCCAUUUUAUUCGGAAAUGGAAUUGUCAAGAAAAGGUCACUUUUCUUCGUAUUUAGAGCAAGGUCGAUCUGAAAGAAAUGAAUUGAUUAAACAAUUUGGCAAUUCGUACCCCAUGGUUUUGGCAGGUGACUUUAACAUCGGUGAUACAUUUGGUCCCUUAAUUAAUCAGGAUCUACCCCAAGAAUUCUGUCACUUGGCGAAAUAUUUUGACGUCACGCCGGUUAAACAAUGUACAAUAUGUUGGCCACACGAAAACAUUUACACGAAGUCAUCACAGGGAGUUCUUCACACGGUAGUUGAUCAUAUUUUCCACAGAGGCCACCAAGUCGUAAAAAGCUUGAGAGUGGUUACUCCAGACGACGCCACUUUAGACAAUCUGCCGCUGUCCAAUCAUAACGGAGUAAUGACAGUGUUAUCUCUAUGCUGAUGACGUCAUAAAAGGAGUGACCAACUACAAAUAUGCAAAAUGGCUUUAUGCUCAAUGAUCUCUUGAAAAUCUUAUGUAUUCGUUUUUGAGAAAGAAAUAGACUGGCGAGGACACGUUACAAAUGGAUUCAAUGCUUUGCCAUCAAUAUUUAUAGGAUUAUGUAAUUUAUGUUUGUGCGUUAUUUAUUUUUAAACUUGGUUUUAAUUUCUCUUCCUUUCUACAUACAAAGUAGAAGAAUGGCUACCACAAAGU